AUGGUCCUAUCAGAAGUACAAAAGACAAUCAACGAACUCCAGGCUAACUGGAUCUGGGUUCCAAACUGGACAGACACUUCAGACGCAAACACAGCUGGCAAGAUAGUUGACUUCAGGCCCGACACGCGUUACAAGCUCUAUGUGAAUGGGAAGCAUGUUGCCGUCGGACCAACUCGCAGCAGCCCUUUGAUCUGGUACUAUGAUAGGCUGGACAUUGCGCCCUACCUUAAAGAAGGACAGAAUGAGAUUCAAUUUGUUGUUAUCCGGUACUUCAUGGCUUCGAGGAGUGCAAUGCCCUUUGUGCGGACAUCUCUUCCAGGCUUAACAGUCAUUGGAAAGAUUGAGACAGGCGAGGGGAUCGUCGAUCUUGCUUCGUCCAAAAAUUGGAUGGCAUCCGUGAAUGAAAGCAUUCAGUUUCCGAUGGGACUAGUUGACGAUGUGUUCCUUCAUAUCAGCGAGCGCAUUACUCCUACAGACCCCAGUCCCGCUGUGACACCGUGUAUCUACACCAUCAAGACGCUCAAUGGCGAUAUCCCGCCCUGGAAUCUGCGUCCACGCUCUAUCCCCACGCCCGAGUCAACGCCAGCUGUUGUAAAAACGAUCAGAACAUGCAAGAGUUCGGUCGAAGCUAGCAACUGGAUAGCCCUCUUUUCAAAUAAUCACUCUUUCGCCCUUCCUGCGACCUCAACUCAUACGCUUGAAGUGCAAGCGGAUGUCCAUUCGACCGCAUUCCUCCGAUGGGCUUUCAAGGCAGCCAAAAGCCCUUCUCAAAUUAAACUCAAAGUUACACACUCAGAAGGCUACGAACUUGAGCCUCGAUCAUACCCUUUCUUCCGCUCCAAGGCCGACCGACUGAAUGCAACUGUCGGUCACAUUAUCGGACCAUACGAUGAGGUGACACUUGAUCUUCCCAACCCUGAGACUGUUAUCUACGAGCCAUUCUGGUUCCGAACCUUCCGACUCUUGAGGAUUGAAAUCACCGUCGGCCCUGAGCCAAUCGAGCUGGUUUCAUUUGAUGCUACCCAGGUCAACUACCCCAUGGCUGUUAAAGCCAGCUGGAAGGAGCCCGGCGAUUCCCACAGCGAGCAGAUCUGGAAUGUCUCCAUUCGAACAAUGCGAAACUGCAUGUUCGACGGCUACUCUGACUGCCCUUUCUACGAGCAAUUACAAUACUCCGGGGACAGCCGCUCCGUCGGUCUAUUCCACUACCUCCUCUCAGGUGACGACCGACUAAUGCGCCAAGCCAUCACAAACUUCGCCGCCUCCGUCACACCCGAAGGCCUCACACAGUCUCGCUUUCCCUCGCACGUACCGCAAGUGAUAGCCGGGUUCUCUCUGUAUUGGAUCCUGCAGGUCUGCGACCACCACCUAUACUUUGGCGACAUGCGCUUUGCGCGAAGCUUCCUCCCGCGCAUCGAUGGUAUUCUCGACUUCUUCGAUGCCCACGUCGACGAGUUAGGUCUGAUCAGUGGACUUCCUGAGGUUGUAUGGCAAUACGUUGACUGGGUGACGACGUGGGGUGCCACAGACGACCAUCCCGACAAAGGAGUUCCAACCUCCGGACGGACAUCCAACCGACAUACUUAUUUCAGUAUGUUGUAUGCGUGGGUUCUGCAAAGGGUUGCUGGUCUGGUGCGCGACGUUGGUCGGCCGGGACAUGCUGCUGAAUACGAAGCGAGGGCGGAAUCGCUCAUAGGGGCUAUCCGGGCUCAUUGCUAUGAUGGGCAAUUCUUCACUGACUCGACGGCCGAUGUUGCCGAUGAGCUGUCAUAUUCUCAACACUGUCAGGUCUUUGCUGUGAUCUGUGGAGCGGCCAAGACCGAGGAUUCUGCGCGGAUCAUGACUGAAUCCAUAACGAAGGAACGCUUCUCACAGUGUUCGUAUAUGAUGCGGUUCUAUGCUUUCCGCGCACUUGCUUUGGCCGGCGAGGAUUUGUACGACUCGUUUUGGGCGAUGAUGUGGGCUCCGUGGCGGAGGAUGCUGGCGAAUAAUCUGUCGACUUGGGAGGAAGACGAUGUCAGACAGAGAUCUGAUUGUCAUGCUUGGGGGAGUGUGCCAAUUUAUGAGUACUGUACUGAGCUGGCGGGUGUUCAACCAGUCGCUGCUGGUUCGUCGAAGAUAUCUUUCAGGCCUAGGCUUAGGUUGACGGAGGUGUUGGACGCCAAGGUAGCGCUUGGUAAGGAUAAUUUGGCUACAAUCUCGUGGAAGCUCUCUGGAAAUAGGAAGCUUGUGGAGCUUAGGCUUGAGAAGGCGGUUGAGGUUGUUAGCCGAUUGCCGGGAGGCCAGGAUGAAGAACAUGGGGUGGUCGAUCAUCUCAGCUUUGUUUUUAAGGACUGA